AUGCUAGAAACUAAUGAGCAAACCAGUCAUACUAACUCUUCUAUUGCUAGACAAAGUAGAAGACUUAGAAUGAAGGAGAAGAGAGAUGCACAAUGCACUGAAUCAGAUCAUUCUCAAAACUUGGUAGAUAAAACUGAUGUAAGUGAUGCAAGGAAGAAAAGAAGGCUGAUAUUGCAAAAUAAGAAAUCAUCAUGUGAUCAUCCCAGCAGUGCCCCAUCCCCAAGUACAGUCUCCCCAGUUUCUAUUCCAAAUGUAGAAGAUAGAGCUCAUUCAAUUGAUGCUCGCAAGAAAAGAAGGCUUAUAUUGGAGAAUAGAAAGUUUUAUGUCAUACAACCUGAAACACAAUAUUCCCAAGUGCCACUGUCUAACUCCGAGGAUGAUUGUAGCUCAUCCAAUACUUCAGACUCUGAGGAUGAUAUGGAACAAGCGCCCUUAGCAGAUUCAAAUUUACAAGAAUAUUCUGAUAUAAGGGAUCAAAUAUGGGAAUGUACAUAUUGUCAUGCACACAUGUGGCUUCAAGAACGUGCCAGUAAAACCAAAAAGGGACAUGUUCCAACAUUACAUCGCUGUUGUCGCGGUGGUAAAAUUGUUGUACCUUUACUUGAAGAGCCACCCCCACUGUUGAGACAUCUGCUGUUUAACAAAACAUCUACCGAGAGCAAAAAUUAUCAAAAUAAUAUUCGAACAUACAACUCAAUGUUUUCGUUUACUUCUCCUGGAAUGAAAUUUGACACCACAUAUUCAAAGAAAGGAGGACCACCAACUUUGAGACUGCACGGUCAAACCUGUCAUCGAAUAGGUACUCUACUACCAGAAAUUGGAGACCGUCCGCAAUAUGCUCAGCUAUAUAUUUAUGACACAGAUAAUGAAGUUACUAAUAGAAUGAAGUGUUUCAGAGACAAUACUGAAAUUGACGAGAACACUGUUCAUAAUUUGAAGAUCAUGUUAGAUGAGUUCAAUAUUCAUGCAAAAUUUUUUAGAAUGGCGAGGGAUGUCCUGGACGAUAAUGCAUUCUUAGACUUAAAACUGAGGGUUAUAUGUGAUAGACCUGAGGAUGGACGCGUGUAUAACAGACCAACGGUUUCAGAAGUUGCUGCACUAAUUGUGGGAGACAUUGAUUCUGCUUGUAAUAUGGACAUUAUUAUUCAAGCACGCAACGGUGGUUUGCAACGUAUUGAUGAGUUUCAUCCAGCAUAUUUGGCAUAUCAAUACCCUCUCAUAUUUGCGUAUGGUGAAGAUGGUUAUAGGAAAAAUAUAUUGCAUAGAUAUCGCCAUGAAACUGAGGUUACCCGACAAAAUCGUCAGAGCAUCAAGGACUGGCUUUCAUACAGGUUACAAGACCGUACCGAGGAGGCAAAAACUUUGCUACACUCACGCCGUCUGUUUCAACAGUUCUUGGUCGAUGGUUAUUGUAUGAUGGAAUCUGAAAGGCUGAAUUGGUUGCGAAAUAAUCAAUCAAAAUUAAGAGUGGGAAAAUAUAACAGGUUGACAGAUGAAUGCAAUAACGAUGAUGGCAGACAACAACAAAAGCGGGGAAAGCGAGUUGUCUUGCCAUCAUCUUUUGUUGGGGGAAAAAGAUAUAUGGAUCAACUGUAUUUUGACGGAAUGGCAAUUUCAAGUAGAUUGGGUUUUCCAGACCUAUUCAUUACAUUUACUUGCAAUCCAACAUGGCCAGAAAUUAUCCGUGCCUUGUCCGAAACUGGGUUACAACCACACGAUCGACCCGAUAUUAUUACUAAAGUCUUCAAAAUCAAAUUUGACAAACUCAUUGCAGAUAUAACAAAAAAGCAUGUUCUAGGGAAAGUUUUGGCUUUUAUGUACACUAUUGAAUUUCAGAAGAGGGGAUUGCCACACGCACAUAUUUUGAUUUUCUUACAUCCUCAGAGCAAAUACCCCACACCAUCGGACAUUGACAACAUCAUCUGUACUGAAAUACCAGACCCUACUGUUCAUCCGAGGUUGUAUGCGUUGGUUAAGUCUAACAUGAUGCACGACCCAUGUGGAGUGGCGCGCACAACAUCAACCUGUAUGAAAAAUGGUAAAUGCUCUAAAUACUUUUCAAAGAAAUUUAACGAGGAAACUAUUGUUGAUGCAGAAGGCGAAAAGGCUGUUUACUACACUGAUCACGAUCGAAUGGAAAUUGUUUUGGAGAAUGCAAGUGUUACUGAUUCCAUGUUUACUGGUUGGCUAUCUGCAAACUCAAAGUAUACUGAGGCACAGUCACUCACUUGUGGUCAAUUUGUAUCUAAGUUUGUUUACCACAAAAAAGAAAGGGAGUGGAGGCCCCGCAAAAAAGGGAUUCACCAUUGGGAGAUUGAUAUGGGUUCCACCGACAACAGAGAUGCAUGCUUUGCCAUGGGAUUUCUGGAAGAUGACAAAGAAUAUAUUGGUGCUCUCAAAGAGGCCAGUGAAUGGGGCUCUGGACAUUUUGUCCGAAAACUAUUUGUGGUGAUGCCAUUGUCGGGCACUGUUAAUCGCCCAGCACACGUUUGGAAGGAAUCAUGGCGGCUGUUAUCUGAUGAAUUGGUUCUCACAGAUGCCGAAUUGCAACAUUUAACCCUGAUUGAAAUAGAAAAGCUGCUUCAAGAAAAUAAAAGGACACUAAAAGAUUUCAAACCAAUCCCUUAUCCAGAUGGAUAUGUUCUGCAACAAUCAGGUAAUAGACUGAUAUAUGACGAACGCAAUUAUAACAUUGCCAAAACAAAGACAGAAUUCACAAAUCUCUUUCGUGGACUUAUAGACCUUACUGAUCACCUUGACCCAGAUGAACAGAGAGCUAUGUAUCAAAAAAUUAUGCGCGCAGUUGAGUCGCAGAAUGGUGCAGUCUUCUUCCUACAUGGUUACAGUGGAACCGGUAAGACAUACAUGUGGAGAACACUGGCGGCAGCAUUAAGGUCGAAGCAUGAUAUAUGUCUGACAUUCGCAACCAGUGGUAUAGCGUCAUUAUUGUUGCUAGGAGGUCGAACUGCACAUUCAAAAUUUAAGAUACCAGUGCCAACGCUAGAUAAUUCUACUUGCAAAAUUGAGUACAAUGAUGAUGUGGGAGACCUUCUUAGACAAACUAAACUAAUUAUUUGGGAUGAGGCUCCAAUGGCACACAAGCAUACUUUUGAAGCACUUGAUAGAACGCUCAGAGACGUAAUGUCUAAAUACGGUAACUCAAAGGAGAUGUUUGGUGGAAAAGUUGUUUUUGGAGGUGAUUUCAGGCAGAUUUUACCUGUUGUCCCUCGAGGAAGCCGUUCGGAUAUUGUACAUUCUGCCAUAAAUGCGUCUUACAUAUGGAAUUCUGUUCAAGUGUUAACAUUAACCAAAAACAUGCGCCUGCAAUCCGGAGACAUGCGGGAUUACUACAGCUCCAAUACUGUUGAUAAGUCCGAAAUCAAUGACGACACAGUGGUAAAUAUCCUAAAUCCAGAAUUUCUCAGUUCCCUCCGUACAUCUGGUUUGCCUACCCAUCAUUUAAAGUUAAAGGUUGGAACACCAAUUAUGCUCAUGAGGAAUAUUGAUCAGUCAGAAGGACUAUGUAAUGGAACAAGGUUGAUAGUAAUAAAAUUGGGGACACAUGUUAUUGAAGCUUCGAUAAUAGCUGGAAAGAACUGUGGCAAUCAGGUUUACAUCCCACGAAUGGAUAUGUCACCUUCCCAAUCACCAUGGCCGUUCAAGCUCAACAGAAGACAGUUCCCCAUUAUAGUGUCAUAUGCCAUGACAAUUAACAAAUCCCAAGGACAGUCUUUGGAUACUGUUGGUCUAUACCUACCAAGGGAUGUUUUUACACAUGGACAAAUAUAUGUUGCACUAUCAAGAGUGACAACAAAACAAGGAAUCAAGAUAUUGAUACAUGAUCAACAUGCAAAAGUUAAAACAACAACUACAAAUGUAGUUUACAAGGAGAUCUUCGACAAUAUAUAA